AUGAAUCAGAUAUUGAUGAUGCUCUGGCAAUAUUUACAUGAUGUUACUAUCAUUCUUUAUUAUUGUAAGAUUCUACCAAAUGUAAUAUUUGUUGAUCCUAAACCAAUUCUUGACAUUUUUUCACAUUUAAUAGCUAUCACAUAUGUUGACCAUGAUAAGUUACAUUUGAUUGCAGAUCCACCUCCUUCAGCAGGUGAAAGAAGUAGCCUCAUUGAUUUUGGCCUCUUUAAAGAAAAUUUUUUAACAAUUAUUGGUAAAGAAAUUUUUAAUAAAGAUUUUCAACCAUCUCAUAUGAUCACUCUUCUAAAACACCUCCACAUCAUUGCUAAAGUGGAAAACAGAAAAGAAGGAGAUUAUUUUUUUCCGUGUGCAUUACCAUCUUACGAUAAGCUCAAUCCUGCCCCAGCAGAAAUACAACCACUUCUCAUAGCAUGGGAGAUUAAGAACAGUGGGACAACAAAUCUAGCCAUCCCUCAAGGAUUAUUUCCUUUAACCAUCGUACACCUUUUAGAGAGAGAAGAUGUUGACUUCAGUCCAGUAGGCAAAGACUAUUACAGAUAUAAUGAUGCUAUGUCACUUCGUAUUUACAAAGAGUACACUAUAGAUAUCAUCAAUUGCUAUACACAUAUUGAAAUACGUUUUUAUGAUUGCAAGGACUUUUGUCCUCGAAUUUGUAAAUUAGUCACAGAUGCUAUCAAAAAAAGUAGCAAAGAUCUUAAUGUCAAUGAUAAUCAUAUUUUUGCAUUCAAAUGCUCAAUGGACGAACAAUGUUACUGUAUUGUCAAGGAAGAUAAAUCUUCCACCAGGUGUACUCAAUGUCGAUCACACUGUAAAGUACUAGAAGGUGAUGAUGAUAGCUACAAAUGUUGGUUUAGUAAUCUUCAAUUACUCAAUCCAGGAGCUGAAACAUCAGAAGGUCCACCUGCUAAAAGACACAGAAUGCAACCCACUGGAUUAUUAGAUACCGGUAAUCUUAUUGAUGUACUUGAUGUACUGGACGAUCAUGAAUAUUCUGGUGUUGAAUAUUAUGAUCUUGGCCUUCGUCUAGGACUGCACUCUCGUACACUUAAUGUUAUUAAAGAAGAUAACAAAGGAAAUGUUCGUAGCUGUUUACGAGAGUGUUUGGCAGCAUGGUUGGAACAAAGGGAUAGUGUAAUGAGGAGAG